CCCCCCCCCGUCGCCUGCCCGCUUCGUGGACACGACUUGUCCGUGCACGCUUCUGUCAUCGGUCUUGUCAUUCUCUUUUCUUCUCUUGCAACGACUCCCUUCAUCGCUCGGUUCUCGUGCGACGACUUGUUCUUGGGCGGUCGUGUUGCCUUUUGCCGUUUCUUUGCUGUGUUGGCGUCCUGCCGUCUCCGCAUAAUACCCUUUCCAUUUUUAGCAACCAUGUCGAAUCGCCAACAGAUCGACUCGGUCAUUGAUGAUGAUGACGAGUUUUGCCCCCUGUGUAUCGAAGAGUUCGAUCUCUCGGAUAAAAACUUUAAGCCCUGUCCCUGCGGGUAUCAGAUCUGCCAGUUCUGCUACAACAAUAUCAAAACCCACAGUGAAGAAGGGCGUUGCCCCAACUGCCGGCGUGUCUACGAUGAAAGCGCUAUCCAGUACAAGGUGCCGGAUGCAGACGAGUUCAAGGCGGAUUUGGCGCUCAAACACCGGAAGGCCGCUGCUGCGAAGAAGAAGGAGGCCGAAAAGCGCGAAAUCGAGGCAUCCAGUCGCAAAAAUUUGGCUGGAGUGCGAGUCGUGCAGAAGAAUCUGGUUUACGUGAUCGGGCUCAACCCAACCAUACGUGACGAGAGCCAGCUUCUCCAGACACUCCGCGGAAAGGAAUACUUUGGCCAGUAUGGUGAUAUCGAAAAGAUUGUGGUGAGCAAGGCCAAGCCAGGUGGCAAUCCCAACCAGGGAAUCGGCGUCUAUGUCACCUUUUUGAGGAAGACCGACGCGGCAACUUGUAUUGGAGCAGUUGACGGCUCAGUCAAUGGUGAUCGCGUACUACGGGCGCAAUACGGGACAACAAAGUACUGCUCUUCCUUCCUUCGCAACGAGCAAUGCAACAACCGAAAUUGUACCUUCCUCCACGAAACCGGUGAAGAUAGCGACAGCUACAGCCGUCAAGAUUUGUCGUCCAUGAACACUCUUUCCAGUCAACGCCCCAAUCAUCAAAGUGGCUUACCUGGUGGGCCUCCUCACGGCGUUCCCCAUAGUCGGCCUUCCCCUGCACAGGCAAUCUCAUCUCCGAUGCGGCGCCAGGCAAGCAGAGACGACUUUGCCAAUACCCGCCAGCCAGGAGUGGACGGUCCUGCUCUUCCUUCGUCCGCAAGCUGGGCCAACAAAGAUGCCGUGAUCGGCCGCACUAGGCGCUCGAGUCUGAGUGGCAGUCAAGCCUCGCAAAGCCCUCGGCCUUUGCCUGCUACCAUGGCGUCCGGCUCUGAUGACACGAGACGAAUUGAAAAGCAACACGCUGCCGCUCAAGAAGCCUCCCGCCAACAGACACCUUUGCCUGUGGAUUCGCCCUCCCCGUCGCCCAAGUCUCCACCCCGUGUACCGCAAUCGCCUUUGGAACCAGAGAGCAUGCUUCUGGACAACCUGCUCAAGGCAGUCAAUUCCCCGGACUUCAGAUUCAUCUUCUCUUCCGCAGGGCUCUCCGCAGAGGAGAUAUCCAUCAUUGAAAACCAUCCGUCCUUUAUCGACCCGUACGGUGGAGUUAAGCGCCGGGCGAUGCGUGAAAAGGCAGAAGAAGAGCGUUUAAAACGUGAACAGGAGAUUCUUCAGUCUGCUGCUGUUGAGGAAGAGAGUCGUGAAAGCGGUAGUUUGCAGCUUGGUGGUGAACCCGAUGAUAGCCAUCCCCCGAGAGGUCGUACAAGCCGUGAGUCCCACGGCGCGAUUCAACCCCCGUCCCAACAGGGUACCGCAAGCAACUCAGCCAUCGGCUCGCCCGUGUCCGCCAGUAGCCACCAAUUUCAAGGUCUGAACCUCGCCGGGCGAAGUUUGACUCCGCUCCAACAACAGCAACUUCUACUUUUGAAAUCUGCUAGUACUCAACAAGCUGGCCUAGUGGACCCGGUACAGACCAACCUCGGCUCAUCUGCCUUGGAUCAAACCGCCCAAGUCCGCCAAAGUCUGUUGCAGAGUCAGAUGGCGCAGUACAACGCGCUGCAGGCGCAGAAUCGCCAGUCCUCGCGGUUCGCAUUUACAGCCGACUCUAGCGGGAAGGGGAUUCCAAAUGCCCGCAUGUUAGGCCAACAGAUUUCUUCGAUGCAAUCCGGCACACCCAACCCGCUCGCCGCUCCCGCUCCGCAGCAUGGCCUGACCAAUGGUUUCUACACCAGCGGUGUCCAGGGCCCUCCGCCCGGUUUGAAGACUGCCGGGACUCCUCCUAUCAGUGGGGGUGGCAUGUUCGCUCAGGGCCAUGGUUUUACUUCCAAUGCCAAUAUCAGCCUGGGAAAGCAAGAGGCCAACCCGGAACUUAUGCGUGAAUUGUUGAGGGGACGUACAGGAAAUAAUGUCGGUGUUCUACAGGGCCAGGAAGCCACUAAGCUGGAUGAGGAAUUCCCUCCUUUAGGAUCUCAGCCCAAGGACAAACGACUUGCCGAUGCAUUUGGUUUCCCAUUAAGGCCCCAUCUUACGACAGACUCCCUUGGUUCUGCGCGUGCAGGGACCCCUACGCUGCCUCCGGGCCUCCCUGUUCCGCACUCGCAUUCAACCGCUGCCCUGUUUGACGAUUCCUUAGACCUAUCUGCCCCUUCGUCUCCCGCCGUCGGACUGAGUCGACUAGGAACCCCAGCGCAGAGGGUGCAUGGAGAUAUUUCCCGGCAGGCGACCCCUGAUGUUCAAGCUCUGCCUGAUGUCGGAUCUGUCUCCAAUAGGGUGAAGAAUGCCUCGGAAAUUUCUCUCGGCUCUCCCGUUGCCAAAUCCGCCGUCAAGGCGCGCGACCAGUACAAAACCGACCUCACCCCAGGCCCAGACAAAAAAGAGGCCCUUUCAGCCAAAUCCAAGGAGACCGCAGACCGGAAAUCUUCUUCCUCUGCACCGAAAGUCAAACCGAUCAAAUUGACCCUUCCUCUUACUGGCGCACAGCCGCAGGAAGGAACCCCGUCCAAAUCAGAGGCUGCUCCCCACAGUGUCCCUGUACCAGCUUCCGCCGUCAAUUCUCGUCCCAAUACACCUUUGACCGGGAUCUCACGUGUCUCCGAGUCGUCUCUUCCCCGUCAGCCUCGCGUUCUGCGCGUGGUGGAUACCCCCAAACCGGGAACGCCACCUCCUAUGUCCGCCACUCCGUCGACAGCUGCCCUACCUAUCAUCAAAGCACGCUCGCGCAGACCAAGUAUCUCGUCAAUUAGCAGACCAGAUACUCCCGGCGAUCUGGGAUCCGAAGGUGAGCCCUUCACAUCGGCCUCGGCAUCCCGCGCCGACUCCCCUCCGCCUUCGAAGAUCGGGUCCGCGCCGGUUCGUGCAAUUACCAAGAGCCAGGCAAAGAAGGAGCGCCGCCAGAAGGCGAAAGAGGCCGAGGCGAAGAAGCAAGACACUGUCCCCCAGAGCGAAGAACCGGUGCAAGCUCCUAUUCUUGGAAGGAAGCGCAAGGCCAAGAAGGCGUCCGCUGAGCCGUCCAGUUCCACCACGGAGACUAUUGUGGACGAGCCCAAGCCAUCAAAACCGGUUAGCACCAGGGUGGAGAAAGUGGCCCAGAACAAUGAAGCAGCUGGUAAGCCGGCACCAAGAGACCGCAGCCCCAAGGACACCAAACCUGUUGCUCCCAGCCCUGUGGAAGAAAAGGAGCCGGUGGAGACCAAGAAGAAGCCUUCCUCCGGAGAAGCUUGGCGCUCCCGAAACACCCUCGAGCAGCUCAUCAAAGAUUCCGAGUCGAAUGGCGUUUCGAUCAAGGACCUCUUUUCUGAAAGAACUGCUUCGCUCCAAUCAUUGUUGUCUCAGCUUCACAAGUCCGGCAUCCUGGAUCUGAACUUGCAUCCUCUUUUCAGUCCGCCCAACUUGGCUCAGCGCGUUGACAUGAAGUGCGGUGCGGAUGAUCAGGAGGAUCUGGAGGAGCCAAUUGCCCUGACGGAAGAGCAUCGCAAGGCUUUGCUGCGUGGAGAACCGGUUCGGAUCAAUGCGGCUUCCACAUUUCUUAAGGACCGGUGUUUGAUCAGUCCUCGAGGCUGUGUCCUUCGCCAUCUGACCGCCGAGGAGGAAGAUCGAUAUCUUGCUUUGGAGAAGAGCAUCGUCCAGGUCUUUGAUCCGUUUCAGGAAUACCCUGUCGACCCUAUCUCCGAGCCAGAUACUACCAACCGGGCCGGCGGCCUUGAUGCCCUGUUCGCCACCCCAGAGAACUUCAAUGUCUACUGGAUGGACGAGCCUGCCUCGGACAUUGGUUCUCUUGCUCCUGACGCCGCGCUGUCCGCGCCGGGAUCCUCAAUUUCGUCCGUCCCUUCCGCUCCUCCUAAUGUCCUAUCUGCCAUGGAGGCGGACAGCAACCGCAGCCACAACUGGGCUAUUGCGAACACAGCGGAGCUGGUAAAUGCGACUGCUGCGUCUGUACGGUCCUUUGCAGCGGCCACGGCGAAGCAUAUGCUGGGCGCAGCCAGCGUUGGUGUCGGCAGCGGCAUGGUCCCUGAUAUUGUGGAAAUGAUCGCCAUGACCGACGAAGAGCUUCGCGCAUUUGCAGCCAAGUCCCAGAAGGAACUCGAGUUGUCUCGAAAGGACCUGGAUGUCAUCGAUAAGAAGCUUGCCGCGUUGGUUAAGCGGAACAAGAAACUUGCCCAGCAGGCUCUGACCGCUGCCGUUGAAGGUUGAAUGAUUGGAUUGAUGUCUAUGAUUGAUGAAUAUUGAUAGCGGGUUGGAUUCUUGUUAUCAUGUGCACGAAGCAGGUUACCGUACUAGCAUAAAUAGCAGGCUACAAAAAUUCUCUUUUUUUUUUUUCCUAAAAAAAUAGCACGUUUUCAUUACAAGUCAUUAGUUGAUCUAUACACAGCUACUACAGACUGUCGGCGCCGCCCUCGUACUGGCGUAGAUCGUAUUCUUCAGGAUAAGUCUGCAGGAUACGCUUGAGCUCCUGCAUCUGUUCGCGGGUCUCGUCGGUCAUCUCCUCGUAGACAUCGGUGAAGGCUUCGCGCAAGGCCGGUUUCUUCUCUCGCUCUGCGGCGCCAAACUCCUUGAGGAUGGUACGGCGGAGAUCCUCGCGGGUCUCGCGCUCGCG